GAAACCACGGCACAAAUGGGCCUUCACAUCACCAAGCACUCCAAAGUAAAACAAGCUAAUAUACUGAUGUUAGGACUUGAUUCUGCAGGGAAAUCUACUCUGCUGUACAAGUUCAAGUCUGAUGACGUUUUUCUAACAAUUCCAACAAUUGGCUUUAAUGUCGAUAUGAUCGAAACUGGGAAAGAUUUUACGCUGACUUUUUGGGAUGUUGGAGGACAACAGAAAAUGAGACAGCUUUGGUGCAAUUUCCUGGAGAAUGCAGAAGGACUCGUGUAUGUUGUGGACAGCGCUGAUAAGCAACGUCUAGAGGAAUCAAAGAAAGAAUUUGAACUCCUUUUAAAGAAUGAAUCCAUAAAAAAUGUACCGGUCGUCGUGCUAGCAAACAAGCAGGAUUUGCCCGGAGCUUUAAAUGCUGAGGAAAUAACCAGGAGAUUCCACGUGAAGAAGUACUGCUGUGACAGAAAUUGGUACGUACAGCCCUGCUGUGCUAUCACGGGAGAAGGUUUGUCAGAAGCUCUCCAAAGACUGACUGCAUUUGCGAAACACUACAGCAGAUCAAAGGAGAUCUCUACAAGUUUUAAGCAAAAUGAAAAAAGUUAAGAAUUUCUACCGUCAGAUUUUGGUGAAUAUGACUCAAAAUAUUUUAUCAGAAAGACUAAAAUAUUUAAUUCUGGAGAACUCUUAUAAGUAAAUAAAUAUUUAUAAUGCACUUUGACAAUUUUAAAUUAUAUUCUUAUACCUCCAGAUGCUUCUGAGAUACUGCUGCACUUCAUUUUAUUAGUGGCAUCAUACUCAGGGUUAUUCAGCUCAGAAGUGUGUGUUGAAUGGUAAAAAAGGCAGAGUUGACCACUUUAAUUUUUGCAGUUGCAAAGAAAAUAGGUGAGCAACGCUUAAAAUGUUUAUGCCAAGUAAUUCAUCAAAAGGUAACAGAGCCAAGCAGUUCAUUCAGCACGCAAAGCAAGAGAUAAGAUGUUGUUUCAUUAGAUGUACUUUGUGGAUGUAUCUGUUGUAUAUAGUUGUUUGUAGCCUAAACUCUUAGUUACGUACAAAAAGAAAUGUGACAUUAUUAAGUAUUUGUUUGGAUAUUACUGCAUUCUAGGACCGAUUACUAUGAAUAGAUUUUAACAAGCAGCAUCUGUUCCUGCCAAGCCACAGAUAAAUCUGCUUUGUAAGGUGUAGGUCUGAUGUCACACUGUUACCCACCUCCAGGUACCCCCCAGUCCCUCUGCUUUUGUUUGGGGCUGCUGGUCAGCUCUUAGAAAUCGGGAUGGAUCCUGUCCUACCUGUACCAAAGCCACCUUAGAUUUUGUUACUGACUAAUUUAGUUCUGAUUAAAUUUGACAUAAGAAGUGCAACAAAGUGCUAAUCCUGUUACUACAGUUUGGGGAUUAAAAAAUAAAAAAA